AUGGUGAGACUCAAACAGAGAUAUAUUCUUUUCGAUAUACUACAUUUUCCAUCUCUAGAGCGGCCUAAUCAAAGAGAUGAUUUUUUGAAUUUCAGCACAUCUGAGACGAAUGCAAUAUUAAGCUUACAUCAAUCGUCUCCCAAUACUAUCAACCCCAAGCUGCUAACGAAGCUAAUUAGAUCUGUCAUUCAGGAGCAUUUUGGAGACAAUGGAGCGGGCAAGGCAGGUAUGCAAAUGACAAUUAAAUACUUUAGCAACACCACGUCGACCGGAAUAAUUCGAUGUAGCAGAUCAAGUUUUCAUAUUGUAAGAGCUGCAUUGAGCUUGAUUAAUAUGAUCGAGAAUGAUGAAAUUAUGGUAAGAUGUUUACAUGUCAGUGGAACUAUCAAGAAAUGCGAGGAGCGUUGUAUUAGUAGAAACGAGAAGUUAAUGUCGCUACUAUCGAAAUCAGAUUACGCUGAUGCAAGCUUGCUCGAGAGAUUUUCGGAAAUACAGGUUCUUAGAUCAUUAGGAGACACAGAAUAUGACUCCUGA